GUCCAACAUUCAAAGUCAUUCUCAAAGGGGAAAAAAUUGACCCUAUCUUAUAAAAUACCGACCGCGCUGCAUCAUUGCAUUCCGAAAUCUCUCAAACUUCUCUCAGGCUAGGGUUUGUGCUCUCGUUUCAAGAACACAACAUCGUUCAUCAAUCUCGACUAAAGGCAGAAGGAACUUGAGUUAUGGGGAAGAGAAAGUCUCGGGCAAAGCCACCUCCUAAGAAGAGGACGGAUAGACUUGAUACAGUCUUCAGCUGCCCUUUCUGCAACCAUGGCACAAGUGUGGAGUGCCGCCUUGAUAUGAAGAACUUAAUUGGUGAAGCUGUAUGCGGGAUAUGCCAAGAAAGUUUUAGCACUACAAUUACAGCUUUAACCGAGGCAAUAGACAUAUACAGCGAAUGGAUCGAUGAAUGCGAACGGGUCAACAACGUGGAAGAUGAUGGUGCUUAGGCUGAAGCUUUGAUGCCCAGGAGCAUUCAGGGUCUGAUGCAAAUGACUAGUAGCCCUUCCAGUCUGUAAUUAGGUUCCCAGUGGCAUUACAUAUGAACCAUGUCCGUAUCAUACAGUUUUAGUUGUUCCAGAGUAUUAUCCGAGUUAAGGACACCAUGAUGAGGGUGUAUUGGCGCAAUUAACUGACGCCAACUGCAGGCAUUACUCGUCUGACCCAAUACUCUGAUCGUAUAUGCCAAACGAACUGUUAUGAUGUUGAGAUUACAAA